AGAAGGAUUUGCGCUUGCGCGACAGAAAUCACUGUCCGCUCUUUCGGCCAAUCGGAACGCAGAUGCCCUAGCGGGAGCUCGGUGUCGCGCGGCUCGGGUGAUCUUGCGCAGAGCUUAGGUGGCGUUUGGCGCUUGCUCCUACUCCGCCUGUCUCUUUGCAGCCUCCGGGAGAUCUGCUCCGCUCUUCUAACCUCCGGCAUCAUGUGGAUGACACCUAAGAGAAGCAAAAUGGAUGUGGAGGAGGCUCGGGGGUUCCGGCCCGAGUGGACCCAGCGUUAUUUGGUGGUGGAGCCGCCGGAGGGCGAAGGGGCCCGCUGCCUGGUCUGCGCCCACCUCGUCGUAUCCGCUAGCGAACGCGACGUCAGGCGCCACUACGAGGCCGAGCACAGGUACUACCAGCGGUAUGUGGAGGAGGGCGAGCGCGAGGCCCUGGUGGAGCGCCUGCGGCAGGGCGACAUUCCCGAGGUGGUCCCGCCCACUCCAGAGGAGAGAGCGGCGCGGGCAGGCCUCGGCAUCGCCCGCCUCUUGGCCCUGAGGGGUCGCGGCGGGGGUGAGGGAGACUUUGUGUACCAGUGCCUGGAGGUGAUGCUGAAUGAUGUGCUGCCGGACCACGUAGGCGUCUUGGGUGGCAUUGAUUUAUCCCCCGAGACCAUCCGGCAGAGGGUCCUGAACAUUAACGAGAACCUCCGCAGCCAGCUUUUUAACCGAGCCAAGGACUUUCGAGCCUAUUCCCUGGCCUUGGAUGACCAGGCCUUUGUGGCCUAUGAGAACUACCUCCUGGUUUUUGUCCGCGGCGUGGACGUGGACUUGGAGGUGCAGGAAGAGCUGCUGACCAUUAUCAACCUGACUAAUCACUUCAGUGUUGGUGCUCUCAUGGCGGCAAUCCUUGAGGCCCUGCAGACGGCCGGGCUUAGCCUGCAGCGAAUGGUGGGACUAACCACCACCCACACCCUGCGGAUGAUUGGUGAGAACUCUGGACUGGUGUCGUACAUGCGAGAAAAGGCUGUAAGCCCCAACUGUUGGAAUGUCAUCCAUUACUCGGGAUUCCUUCACUUGGAGCUGUUGAGCUCCUACGACGUUGAUGUUAAUCAGGUCAUAAGUACCGUAUCGGACUGGAUACUGUUGAUUAAGACAAGAGGCAUCCGGCGACCCGAAUUCCAGGCUUUACUAACUUCGUCGGAGUCAGAGCAUGGCGAAAGGGUUAAUGGACGGUGUCUGAACAAUUGGCUGAGAAGAGGGAAGACUUUAAAGCUAAUAUUUUCAUUAAGGAGAGAGAUCGAAGCGUUCUUGGCUUCGGUGGGGGCAACAACAGCCCAUUUCUCAGACCCAGAGUGGCUUUGUGAUUUUGGCUUCUUGGUGGAUAUUAUGAACCACCUCCGAGACCUCAGUGAACUACUGCGAUUCAAUAGAGUCUUUGCUGCUACUGCAUUUGACCAUAUUUCUAGCUUUGAUGCUAAGCUGAAUUUACUGCACAGACAUAUUGAGGAAAAAAAUCUAACACACUUUGCUGCCUUGAGAGAAGUCGUUGAUGAGCUUAAACAGCAUAUUAAAGAAGAAGACAAAAUUCUUGAUCCGGGUAGGUAUAAAGUGGUGAUCUGUCGCCUGCAAAAAGAAUUUGAUAGACAUUUCAAGGACCUCAAGUUCAUUAAAAAGGACUUAGAACUCUUUGCAAAUCCAUUUAACUUUAAAGCUGAACAUGCACCUAUUGCAGUAAGGAUGGAGCUGACAAAACUUCAAGCAAAUUCUGACCUUUGGGAGGAAUACAGAAACAAAGACCUGGGACAGUUCUAUGCUGGAUUGUCUGCUGAAACUUACCCGAUUAUCAAAGGGGUUGCCUAUAAGGUGGCAUCCUUGUUUGAUAGCAGUGAAAUCUGCGAAAAGGCUUUUUCAUAUUUGGUUAGAAACCAGCACACUUUGAGCCAGCCGUUAACAGAUGAGCAUCUCCACGCCCUGUUUAGGAUCGCCACAACUGAAAUGGAGCCACAUUGGGAUGCCCUUGUGAGAGCAAGAAAUCCUCCUAAUCCAUAAGCUUUUGAAACAAACACUCAACGAGAAUCCAGUCCUAAAAGCAAAAAUUUGACUUUUCAAGUUUACUCAUUUGGAGCGUGAGAAUGCACCAAGUUUAUUCAUUCAAACUGAUAACAGUUGAGAUUCUUCUGACUUUUUUUUUUCUCCUCAUCUCAAGAGGCAGCAUGGGACUGGAACAUGAAACACCUCUUUUCAAACUUAAUGUCAAAGUCGUCGUUGUCUUUUGCUUUUAUGACAUAAUUGUUUUUAAAGAAGUUUAGUACUGAUGAU